AUGGAGAGUGCUUGUGUGAAAAAUCUGUACAAUUGUAUGACUGUUAUUCGUCAAGAGAACAACAUUGCAAUGGCAAAUAACUCAAAUUUGGCAAAGAUGUUUGGAAUACUGAUUCAGACUUUAUUACUUCUGUCAAUAAAUGAAUAUGUGAUGAGUGAGGAGAUAGGAAAUGUGUUUAAAGACUCGGCGUUAAACUUAAUGAAAACCGGCCUGGAGCAAUUUAGUCAGGGUAUUGAAAAGAUGAUGCUGAAAAGGUUUGAUGGAGAAAAUACAAUAGUAGAAACAAAGCUUCAGGAUAUGAUAGAGACAAUCAAAAAGGAUAUUGUCGAUGAGCAAAAUGAAUUUAUUAAAAAUUUGAGUAGUCAAUCUUCAGCCAAAGAUGAGAAAAUAAUUGAACAACUUUCCACUAUUCAAACUAAGCAACGACUCCUAAGACAGGAAAUUGCGUCCAUUAGAUCCAGUUUUUCUGGAAACGCUAAUACGAAAACCAGUGUUCGUAUGGAGACAACAGGCUACAAGGCAUCUGCAUUGAAAGCCAAUGAAAGUAACGGACAAAAUAUAAGUGAUCUGCAAAAUUCAGUUUACACCCUCUCUACAGAGUACAGCAAGGAGAAGUUAAAACGCCAAACUUUAACAGAUUUACUUAUAUUUUACAAUGAAAGUUUCCCUACAAUGCAAGCUGAGCAGCGGCUGCUUAAACAGGAAUUCGUGUCCAUUACAACCAAUUUGACUGAAACAAUUGGUGAAAAAUUUAGUUAUCUAGUUUCAACUAUUCAUACUGGACAUCACAAUUUAAGCCAGGAAAUGGCGUCCGUUACAGCCAAUUUGUCCAGCAUAGAUGAUAUUCAACUGAACCAAAAGAUAAGCAAUUUGAACAAAGCAUUUGAUGGGCUAUCUGAUCAGUUACAAAACGAACAGGCUGCCAUGCUAUCUAUGAUUGACUCCGUUGUCCUUAGAGUCAACAAAACACUGUCUGUAUGUUCAAGGAAAAUAGGGGAGGAAAUUGACAAUGUAGAAACAAAUGUAAUAAAUGUGAUUCAAGAUGAACUAGAAAAUUUUGCACUCGUUCUUGGAAAUAAUAGUGCGAAAAGUGAAAAAGCUCUUGGCAAUUUAAGAAAUUCGACUUUGUUUGUGGUCGAGCAGUUUUCUACAGGAGAAGCUGUAAAUAUUCUUCGGAAUAUGGAAAUAAUUGGCCAGUCUCUUCUUAAGGUGCAUGACAUACUGGGUUUUGAUUGUGCGGAAAAUUUUGAAAAACACUCAUAUACCAGAGGGAGAAACGGGGUGUACAAUAUCAUAGGUUUAUUAUAUAAACCUACGUCCGUAUACUGUGAUAUGACCACUGACUAUGGAAGAUGGACAGUAAUUCAUCGGAGAAUAAAUGGAUCAGUGGACUUUUACCGAAACUGGACGGAAUACAAGAACGGAUUUGGAAAUGCUGAUCACGAGUAUUGGAUUGGAAAUGACAUGCUACAUAGAUUGACAUCACUGAAGCCCCAGGAACUGCGAGUUGAUAUGGAAAGAUUCAACGGAGAAAAGGCAUAUGCUGUCUACUCUCGGUUUUCUGUCGGCGAUGAGACCAGUAAAUAUAAAUUGGCGGUGGAAGGGUACAGUGGGAAUGCGGGUAAUUAUACUGUGCAGUAA